CCUACUUGUAUUUAUACCUCAACCGCAACCAUCAUCAGUGUCUGCAUUUCUCCCCCCAUUUUGUCUGCGCUUGUCUCCAUCGCUGUUCUCCAUGGUGUGUAUUGACCCUCAAUGUUGUCAACGUUCUCCCUGCCCUUCUCUUGUCAUGUUCGUUGUCCCUCUGUUUUUCUCUCGUGGUGUUGUUUUGUUCCCUUUCCUUACCUUAUCUUAUUUUGUCCCUUGGCCCUUCAUCAUCGUCGUUUGUCUUUGUCCUUCAGCCCACAUGAUCAUCUUUGCUUGUCACUGUCCUUCAGUCUGUGCUCGUCUUUGUGUUAUCUUCUACAUCGCUUCAUUUAUUCUUAUUCAAUGUACUGUUAAUGCAAUAUAUUACUGUUUGCUCC